AUGUUCACAACCCAACUGCGACGGCCCGCGACGCACUCCGUCCUCGCUUUCCGCCCACUCAGAAACUCGACGGCUCAGUCACUAAAUGCGCCAUGGUCCCGAUCUGCCAGCAGUAAAUCGCGAAAGGCAGGCCCGUCAUCGCACUGGAUUCGCAAUUCCCUCGGGUUUGCCGUGACAGGAACUGCAGUCUUUUUGGGAUACUCAUACGUGGCUGAUGGUGGAAAGGAGGCUUGGUUCAGUCGUCCGCAGGUUAUAAAGAAAGAGCCCGUUGACGUCAACGAUCUCGAAGCUCAGUUCGUCCAAGAAAAACGAAGCCUGAAAAGCCCCGGCGUCUACACAUGGGGGUCGAACGUUUAUCGCGUGGUGGAUCCAGGAUCUAAAGAUACCGAUAUCAAGACUCCUCGGCGCUUCAAAUACUUUAAUGGCCAGGUUCUGAGGGAUCUCAAGAUCGAGGAAAAGUCCGGUGCAGCAAUCACCGAGAAUGGAGAUCUAGUGCAAUGGGGCCAGGCGUUCUCGGAGUCGGACUUCAAACCCACGGUAACUCUGACUGGCAGGAAUCUCACCUCACUCGUUCUGUCCGAAAGUCGAAUCAUUGCGCUGUCCUCGGAUGGGACUGUAUACUCACUGCCCACAUCCAAGGAUGGGCAAAACACCGGCCCAAAGACAACGGAAAGCUCUUGGGUUCCCUUCUGGCCCAAUCAGUCUAAUCUGAGCUACCGUGUACUGAACCCAUCUUUGAAGCUUGGUGAAAAGGUCACCGCAAUCAGUGGAGGACAGGAACAUGUGCUGCUUCUCACAAGCUCUGGUCGAGUCUUCUCUGCGGCGUCAUCCACCGAAAAUUACCCUUCGCUAGGUCAACUCGGUGUGGAGGGACUUACCUGGUUCACCAGACCCAAGGGGCCAGCAGAUAAAUGCCAUGAAGUUACAGUUCUCAAAGGCUCCAAGAUUGUGCAAAUUGCCUGUGGUGACUACCACUCACUGGCGCUAAGCAAAGAUGGCCGUAUGUUUGGCUUUGGCGACAACUCAUUUGGCCAACUAGGUGUGGAUUUUGAAGCUGAGAGGUCUUUCAAGGAUGCUCCUUUCGAAAUCAAGGCUCAAAAACUCUAUAGCAGAAACCGCUAUCUGCCCAAGGUUACCAGCAUUGCUGCUGGUGGCGCCAACACCUUCUUCUCCGUUGAUGCCAAGCGCAUUCUAGGGUACGAAGAAGAGGCAGCCGAUGUUCAUGAUCUUGGAAAUGUAACUGCAGACACAUGGGCCUGUGGUAGGGGAAUUUGGGGUACUCUCGGCAAUGGCAGAUGGGUUCACCUGCAGGAUUCGCCUACCAAGGUGAAAGCUUUAAGUGGUGUGAGCGAGUAUGACGAGAAGACAAAACAAAUGACCCCUAUCCGCAUUAGGUCCAUGUCUGUCGGUACAACACAUGUCGCGGCUAUCCUGGACAACAAGACCAAUGUCACCAAGACUAUCAAGGACACUUUGGAUCAAACUAAAGACUGGGGCUAUGAUGUACUCUGGUGGGGAGGCAACGAGCAUUUCCAGCUGGGGACAGGAAAGCGAAGCAAUCAAUCCAAGCCUACUUACAUCAACGCACCCCCCGAAAACAAGAAAAGCCAGGGCGAGGCGCGAUUGCAGAUCAUGCCUCGUCACAAGGGCAAGGUCGGGAAGCGCAAUGUGAGCAUGGAACAGCGUGUUGAAUGUGGGCGUCAUGUCUCUGCCAUUUAUUCUGCGGUGUAA